ACCCGGUUCAGCGAGGAGCCGGAGGAUCAGACCGUGGUGGCCGGGCAGAGGCUCGUCCUGUCCUGCGUGGUGCUGAACUACUCCGGGAUCGUGCAAUGGACCAAAGAUGGCCUGGCACUGGGCAUGGGGCAGGGGCUGAAAGCCUGGCCGCGCUACCGGAUCAUCGGCACGGCAGACUCCGGACAAUACAACCUGGAGAUCACCGACGCCGAGCUCUCGGAUGACGCCUUGUACGAGUGCCAGGCCACAGAAGCAGCGCUGCGCUCCCGGCGGGCCAAGCUCACCGUCCUGAUUCCCCCUGAAGACCCGGUGAUCGACGGGGCCCCCGAGAUCCUGCUGCGGGCAGGCACCCCGUACAACCUGACGUGCCGGGCUCGCAGCGCCAAGCCCGCCGCCACCAUCGUCUGGUUCCGGGACGGGCUGCAGCAGGAAGAUGCCAGCACCAGCACGGAAGUGUUAGCAGACGGCAAGAGGGAAACCACCGUUAGCCAGCUCCUCAUCAACCCCACAGACGCGGACAUCGGGCGGGUCUUUGUCUGCCGGAGCACCAACGACGCCAUCCUGGCCGGCAAGGAGACCUCCGUCAAGCUGAACGUGCACCAUCCCCCCACGGUCACCCUCUCCAUCCAGCCCCAGACGGUGCAGGAAGGCGAGCGGGUCGUCUUCACCUGCGUGGCCACUGCCAACCCGGAGAUCAGAGGCUACAGGUGGGCCAAAGGUGGCGUGAUCAUCGAAGAAGCCAAGGACAGCAAGUACGAGACGCAGGUGGAUUAUUCCUUCUUCACGGAGCCCGUCUCGUGCGAGGUGCACAAUGACGUGGGAAGCACCAACGUCAGCACCCUGGUGGACGUGCACUGCCCCCCGAUCAUCUCGAGCGAGGCCGUUCAGUACGCGGUGCGCGGCGACCGCGGGAAAGUGGAGUGUUUCAUCGGGAGCACGCCACCCCCCGACCGCAUUGCCUGGGCCUGGAAGGAGAACAUCCUGGAAGCUGGCACGCUGGAGCGCUACACGGUGGAGAGAACCAACACGGGCAGCGGGGUCCUCUCCACCCUGACCAUCAACAACGUGAUGGAGGCCGAUUUCCAGACCCGCUACAACUGCACGGCCUGGAACACCUUCGGGCCGGGGACGGCCAUCAUCCAGCUGGAGGAGAAAGAAGUCCUGCCCGUGGGCAUCAUCGCCGGAGCCACCAUCGGGGCCAGCAUCCUCCUCAUCUUCUUCCUCGUCGCCCUGGUCUGCUUCCUCUACCGGCGCCGCAAAGGAAGCCGCAAGGACGUGACCCUGCGCAAGCUGGACAUCAAGGUGGAGACGGUGAACCGGGAGCCCCUGACGCUGCACACGGACCGCGAGGAGGACACGGCCAGCGUCUCCACGGCAACCCGCGUCAUGAAGGCCAUCUACUCGUCGUUCAAGGACGACGUGGACCUGAAGCAGGAUAUGCGGUGCGACACCAUCGACACGCGGGAGGAGUACGAACUCAAGGACCCAACCAACGGCUACUACAACGUUCGCGCCCACGAGGACCGCCCGCCCUCCCGCACCGUGCUCUACGCCGACUACCGCACCCCGGGCCCCGCCCGCUACGACAUGCGCCCCUCCUCCCGCCUCUCCCACUCCAGCGGCUACGCCCAGCUGAACACCUAUACCCGGGGCCCCGCGUCGGAGUACAACACCGAGCCGGCCCCGGGGCCCCCGCCGGGCCCCACCGCGGGAGAGACGGCCAGCCAGCUCUCCUACGAGAACUACGGCGGCCACGCCGCCUUCCCGCCCAGCGCCGGCUACGCCACCUACCGCCUGGGCUACACCCAGCACCCCCCGCCUAGCCUGGACCGCGCCCCCUACGACACCUACGACCCCAUGGGCAAGUACGCCAGUGCCACCCGCUUCUCCUACACCUCCCAGCACUCGGACUAUGGGCAGCGGUUCCAGCAGCGGAUGCAGACUCACGUCUGAAGGACCUGGGGGCUGUGAGGCAACAAUCCUCACCGGAGACAUAAGGGGGGGUCACAGGUACUUUGUGACUGUCCUCUGAUAUUCAGGGGCUUUUCCUGAACCCCCCACGCCCACCCCUCCAGCGGCAGGACUCUCAGCCUUCCCGGCGACUGCACCCCUCACUGUCUGGAUUCAGGGGACCCUGGCGUCCGGCUGACUCCGGGGCCCCUCUUCCCCUAUAUCUGAGCUUCCAUCCAGCCACCCAUCAUGUUGUCUUCGUUUGUUCUUUUCAGCCCAUGUCUCGAGGGGCCGGCGCCCUCCCCGACUGGAAGGAAAACCAAUUUUGGGGGGGCCAGGGAGCCUCACCCCCACCCCGGCCCUGCUCACGUGCGGCACAGCUCUCCUCCCAGCGGGCUGGAGGCCGGAUCAAGCGUGCUGGUAGCUGCAGGGGGGAGAUUCCCUCCCACAGCCUGGAUCCCACCCAACCCUGCAACAAGCGAGACUCCGGAAACUUGCCCCCGGCCACGCGGGGGAGCCCUGAUUUCUUUGCCACACGUCGGAUCUUUGAGGGGAGACGGGCCGAGAGCUGAACUCCGUCGGGGGUGAAAGGUUGUGACAACAAGGGGGGGUGGGUUACAGGGCAGCGGAGGACCAAGCGGCGAUGGGGGGUGGCUGAAGGCAGGCUAGGCUGUGAAGUCCCCCGAGGGCCAUGGGAUCCCUGGGGUCUGCAACGGGCUCCCGCACAGCUCGGCCGCUAGGAGGCAGAAUCGUGCCGUCACCGGCUCCCAGGGCAUGAUGGAACGCGCCACCGCGGGCACAGGGGACACUGCGCUCUAGAUGUGAACACGCCCGGGCGGGGGGCCUGUCGGCCGGCAGGCCGGCUAACCCUGCAGCCAGCCUCCGAAUGGGCAAAGGGCUCUGAUCCCACCUCAGCGUCCAUCGCUCAGCGCCUGGCAGGAUCGGGCCCUAAUGUGGAGAACUAACCUGGAGCAGCAGCUUUUGAUCUAGUCCAUACCCGGGACCCCCAUCCAAUACCAGGACCCCCUAUUCUAGACCAGGGUCCCAUGUCCAAUACCAGGACCCACUAUACAAAUCCUCCCUCUUCCAUACUGGGACCCCCCCCCACACACAAUACAGGUACUCCCUAUCCUAUACCAGCACCCCUUUCCCAUAUUGGGAUCCCUCCUGCCCCACUUAGCAAUAUGGGACGGGUGAAAUGCUCGCGACCCCUAUGUUGCGAAUCCCUGACCUAGAUGACGCUGCGGGCUCUAGGGAGAAAGGUCAGCCCCACACCUGAGUGCUUCCAUUCACAACAGCACAAGCCAGACCCCGGCCAGUCCCGUGUCUCUCGGGGCGGCCAGAUCCCUUGCCGCUCGCACCCCAAAUUGGAUCCCUCCCCCGCGUGGAGUUCCUCUUCAAAAGGGGCCCCGAUCUCUCCCCCAGUACCCCGUCCGUCCAGGGCCGAGCUGACUCCGUCCCCCCGUCCCAAGCACUUUGAAUACGUUUCUUUGGGUUUAUGUUGGGUUUUUUUAUAUAUAUAUUUUAUAAGGGGGGGGAGGAGGGGGUUGGUUGGUUUUAUUCCUCCGAAAGGACCAAUUGGAAUCCUGCCUCUUCCACCAUUUCCUGUGCCUUGAACUUCAGCUUUAUUUGCCCGGUCGGCGUUCGCUUGCGCGGUGGAACCGAGCGACGGGGGCGGGAGCGUUGGCCGGGCGAAAUGUUUUAGGGGCUGGUGAAGCUGGAGGCUUGUGUCUCCCUCUAGUGCCUGGCACCAGCCACUACAACAGCCUGUCCCUGAGGCCAAGGGAGGAGCUGCCCCUUUAGCUUGAGGCAUCGAGAGCUGUGUUUUUAGGGCUGAAGGUCGUGAGUUUGAUCCCCAGUGGCGGACGCAGUCUCCACUGAUGACAGGGGCUUUCCCGGGCUGCCCAUUGAGAAAUGAUGGAUUUCCCGGGGUUGUUAUUUUGGUGGGGGUGAGGGGUAUCCUUCAAGCUUCCCAAGUAUCCCAGCGAAGCUGCACCCCACUCCUGGAAGGGAUGGGGGGGGGCUCUGUUUUUGAAGCCUGGCAGUGCCAUUCCCCAGCCAGGCAGAGGGGGCGCUGCUGAGCGGGUCCCGCCCUGCAGCGUGAGCCAUGCAAGUCCUAAGCGGCGCUGAGCAGGACCCCGGCCCCCACCUUCACUGCCCUUUCCGCCAUCGCUCCGUUAGGGAGCAGGACUCGAACCCAGGCCCAACUUCUCCACAGUCACGCCCGGCCCAGGCGUCGAACUCUGAUCUCCCGCGUGGCCGGGCAGAGUGCAAAGCCACCAGCCCUGUCUUGCCUGUUCCCUCCUAGUACCUACCGGCGUGGCAGGGCCGUAAGCAUCCCGGGCCGUUCUGGAGCUUUUCUUGUGACCUUGCAGCGUCGGUUUCGUUUGCACAAAUCGGGGCCUUCAUUUUAAGUACAGAUAACGGCCCCCCCCCUUACAUUACGGAGCCAUUCAGAUAUUGUACAGCCGUGAGCCGCGUGGGUUAUCGGCACGUCAACAGAAAGGGUUAGCCAUGGGUAUGGCGGCCGGUUGGCCGGCUGGAGCCUAUAUCAAUCCAGAACGGUGGGGUCGCCAUUUAUUAAAACAUCGCUUGACCCUUGAUUUACCCUGUUUGGAAGCAGCUGGAAUCUGAUCGUGUCUCCUGAUACGGCCUUUUCCUGCCCUAUUUAUGGGACUUUUGCAGCGGCCAUUAACCUGGCGCCUGAGAACUUCACAAUCUUCACUGUCCUUUUCCUCACAACCCUCUGUGAGGCUGGGCAGGGCUGGUCUCUGGAGCACCUGGCACUGGCCUACGUCGGAAGGCAGGAUACCGGGCUAGAUGCACCAUUGGUCUGACCUAGGAUGGCCGUUCUUAGGGUCUUAGCCCCAUGGCACAGAUGGGGAACUGGAGCCCAGAGACCCAGAUUUUUACAGGUGUUUUGGCGUAGCUGCACUCAGCAUCGCAACGCCUAACUGAUUUAGGAACCCAGAUCAUUUUCCAAAGGGGUUUAGGCACUCCAGAGCCUAACCCUCAUGGGCAGCUGAUGGGAUUUUUGCUCCAAAGUGCCUAAAUCCUUUUGGAAACUGAGUUUUGGCUCCCAAAUGAGUUAGGCCUUGCAAAACUGGGCGCAACGCUGCCCAAUAUGUGGCUCAGUCAUGCGCCCAGGGUCAGAUGGCAGAACAGAGUUGACCCUGGGUCUGCCUGGUCUCAAGAUAACAACCUGAUCCGGGGACCAGCUCUUAACGCACCACUUUCAGGAGUCAUGUUAUUUUGAACUUCAGCUUUUUCCCCCCCUUAGUAAUCCAUUUCUAGCUCUUGUGUUUUUAAAGAAAGGAACCCAGGCUCUAACCACUAGACAUCACACUCCUCCCAGCACCUGCAAACAUGACCCUGAAAGGUUCAGAAGCCUGCAGGAGAAUCAAAAGAACCCAGUUUUUUCCCCAGCUCAUGAUUGGUGGGAGGUCUGAUUUGCAAUUUGUGAACAGUUGGGAUUGGCAGCCCUGGCAGUGGGAUCUUAAUAGAAAGUCUGAGCCAAAUCUGGCGUCAUGGUCCAUGACUGGAGCCAGAGGCUGCUGCGAUAGAAAUAAUAAUGGCUAAUAGUCAUCAUAAGUAACAAACCAGUGCUGGCUAAUUUGCUGGCAUGAGUCGGUCAUGUGAGCAGGGUUGUUUUUUUAUAUGAAUGUAUCUAAAUAUAUAUUUUAUAUAAAUAUCCUGCCAAGCAAAUUCUUGAAAGCCAGAAGCGCAUGUUCUUAAUGCUCAGCGGUAUAUAAUUAUAGAUCAACGCCCCCCCAAAACUUCUGCGUUGAGGCAGACAGCUGGCACGGGAAAUUUCAGCCCGAAGGGUUAACGUCUGCAAUGUUCUACGCAACUGAAAACAGGGUCUUAGAAUGGAACGUGUUGGGCAACCUUAACUCUAGGGGGUGCGCCGUGCACCCUGCAGAGAUCAUGGGGGCUUGGCUGGGCGUGUGUAGACGGCCGUGGAAAAUGAGGGCGAAGCAAUAAUUCCUCGAGGGAGAGGGUUGUGUCUGUGGAGGGGAGCUGGGGAAAAGCCGAAGAAUGUAGCUGGUCCUAGAGUUCAAAUCCGGAUAGAUUUGUUUUUUUCACUUGAUCUCACUCUGGCUUCGGGGUUUGAAUGGCCCCUGGACGGCUGCCCUGCGCUUCCCUCUCUUGAACAUUUGUGCUCCACAGUAUAAACCUGCUUGUGGCCAACUCCGGCUCACUGGGACUGGCUCCCAGUGCAUCCCAGGGGUGAGAGCCAGGACACCUGGGUUCUAUUUCCAGCUCUGGGAGGGGAGGGAGGUCUAGUGGUUAGAUCAGAGGACUGGGAGUCAGGAUUCCUGGGUCCUAUUCCUAGCUCUGGGAGGGGCGGGGAGUCUACUGGUUAGAUAUAGGGACUGGUUAGAUAUAGAGUCAGGACUCCGGACUCCUGGGUUCUACCUGGUUUGUGUUGGUUAAACUGGUGUAACCCAACCCGUGGGGUGUUCUGUCUCCUCCUAGUGGCGGCUUGGCUACCCGAUGAGCUCAGGACUAGCAGAGCCUCAGGCAUCAAGAUUCAGAGGGUCCCACGUACAAUUCCUGCUGUCGACAGCCCACCCGAGGGUGCGGGAUUACGCCCACGUCCUUGAAUUUGCAGGCUCAAGCAGGGGGUUGCAUGAGUAACCUUAAACCAUUUUAAGUCAAACCGGUGCAAGUACUGUGUGUGGAGCAGCCCGAAGGGAGUUGGGAACCCAGUUCCCGUGGAAUUUCCCUGGGAGUUGGGGGCCGAGCUGCCUGCGGUUGCUUUGCCUCCCCCAACAGAGCGCCCCUUGGGCAGCUGGACGAUGGGAGCGGUUCUGCCAUGACGGCGCCGGGUUGGCGCAGUGCCGGAAGCCAGCACAAGGUGCGGGCGGGUUCCUCUCCAUUCGGGACCUCGGUGAUGGGUCGGGCAGAGCUCUCUGCCUGCCUUGUCCCAGAGCUCUAGAGGGGUCUCGUCAGCUCACCCCAGCACCGGGGCGGUCUUUCCUUUGCUUCUGGGCGCUGGGGCUGGGUGGCUGUGGAGAGAGACAGGACGGAUCCCCCCCACCCUCAACCCCCUGCAAUCAGGAACAACCCACCCCUUGGUUCGAGUCACUCCCUCUGGUGCUAAUUCACAAGCCUUCACCCUUGCCAGACACCCCCCGCCCCAUGGCUGAGUGCAAGGGUGGGGGAGCAGGGAGCAGACCCAGCAUCACCCACUUUGAAGGAGUUAACCUUGACCCCCUCCCCCCGAAGGUACCUUUAAAACAGGCCCGAUGCUGCAAGGCCUUGAGCCCGAGCCCAGGAACCGCGCUCGCAGCCUGCAGCUUUAAUUCAGGCAUCGCCACUGUCAGGCCACGUGGCUUUUUUUCUUCCCCAGCGAUGCCUGUGGGGACCCCCCGGUGACCCCCGUUCUCCCUCGCCCCAGUCUAGAGCAGGGGGGAAGCGGUGGGACUGGCCUUUGCCCCGACGGUGCCGGGAUCCUCUUUAGCAAUAGAAACCCUCACUGCCAUGACACGGAACCGUGCAAAGCCAGGAGCCGAGUGGCUUUCCGUGAAACUCACUGUAGCGGGAUCGUCUUCGAGGUUAUGCAGCCCCACGCACACACCUGCCGGCUCAUUGCUAAACGCCCAGGCUCAUUGGAUCCCCCACGGGAAUGGGGGGGUGGGAAAUGGGGGGUAUUUUUCUUAGCACAGGCCCUUUUAGAUUUCUAGAGACGUGUAUCUGUGAGUCCCCUGCACCCCUUGCCCGGCCCCACCUUGGAUUAUUUUUUUCAUUUUCCUUUUUUUUUUUAAAUAUUAUGUACUAUAUUUUUAGUCUUAAA